UCAGCUGCCAGUUCAUUUUCCUUCUUCAUAUCAUCUCUCUCACUGUCACAUGCUCUCUAUCUAUCCCAGCCACUCCAAUAGCUUUGGUUCACUGCCACCCCUGCUGACAUUUUUCUCGUUGGAAUAAACAAACUUUGUGUUAACUUAAAAGGUUUAAGGGAAAAAGAAAAACUACAAAAUGGGAAGGCACUCUUGUUGUUACAAGCAGAAGCUUAGGAAGGGUCUUUGGUCUCCUGAGGAGGAUGAAAAACUUCUGAGGCAUAUUACUAAGUAUGGUCAUGGAUGUUGGAGUUCUGUGCCUAAGCAAGCAGGUCUGCAAAGGUGUGGUAAGAGCUGCAGGCUUAGGUGGAUCAAUUAUUUAAGGCCUGAUUUAAAAAGAGGAACAUUCUCACAAGAAGAAGAAAACCUUAUCAUUGAACUUCAUGCAGUAUUAGGGAACAGGUGGUCUCAAAUUGCGGCACAGUUGCCGGGGAGAACAGACAAUGAAAUAAAGAAUCUGUGGAACUCUUGCUUGAAGAAGAAACUGAGGCAAAAGGGAAUAGACCCUGUCACACAUAAACCACUGUCUGAGGUUGAGAAUGGAGAGAAAGCAGCAGAAGUGUCUAAUGAACUGAACCUCCUGAAAUCAGAGAGCUCCAAGUCUGAUUCAGCAUCCUAUGAGCAGAGAACAUCAAUUUCUCCAAAAGCCUAUGCACCUGAGAUGGAUGGUUCCUGCAGCUCCAAGAUUGAAAUCAAUUUUGUAACCAACAACAACUGUUACAACAAAGACUUGUUCCUAGACAGGUUUAUGAGUAGUAGCCGCCAAGAGAGUUACACCACUAGUUGCCAGCCCUCAGAUUUGAUGGGGAAUUUUCCAAUUCAGAUGAGUUAUGCAACCAAUGAUCAGUGUCUCCCUAAUGAUUCAAACUCUAGUCAUUGGUUCAGCCAAACUGGAAGGUCUUUUGAUAUGAACACUGAGUUUCCUUUCAAUGCCGCUGUCACUUCUAUCAAUCCUACACCUACAACCAACUUGUUUCUUCCUAAUAAUUCUUUUUGCUACAAGCCUUCACUUGCUGUUCCCUCUGACAAUGUUUCCAUACCCUAUGGAUCCCAUUACUGGGAAGCCAGUGCCUCCAACAACAGCAAUAGUAGCACAGAAUUGAGAAGUAGCAGCCCCUUGAACAUCUUUUCUUCUUGGGGAUUGGCAGAUUGUGGCACCUCUACUACUAAAGAGGCACAAAUUCAUAUGAUGGAGAAUCAUAAUACAGAAGAAGCUAAGUGGGAUGAGUACCUUCAUAACCCUAUCUCAAUGCUGGCUUCUUCUGUACAAAACCAAGCUCCUGAGUCUCUAUGCAAUGAUAUAAAAACAUCCAUGCAUUUGGUACCUGAUACUUUAGGGGCUAUGCUACCUCAUAACCAUACCAAGCAGCAAGAACAGUCUCAAACUUCUAGUUUCUUUUCCAAGGACAUCCAGAAGCUCAGGGCAGCCUUUGGACACAUGUAAAAGGAUUUUAGAAAGGGUUCCAAUUCAAGGGAUUGCUAUUCUUAGUACAGGUGUGUGAAACCACAGAUUUUUUGCUCUUGUAUGUAGGUCUAAUACAAAACAUUUAUUUUCACCUUUUGUUUUUCCUUCACUUUGUUUAACAUUUGUGAGCCAAAAACCAUUUGUCUUUUACUUUCUUCUUUCGGGUGUGGGGUAGAAUUGAAGAAGAAUAAGGGUUGCUAUUCUGUCUUCUUUCUACUCUUUCUUUGCUACACUGUAACCGCAAUGGUGCAUUUUGCAUGUCCAAGUUCAAAGCCAUCACAGAUUUUAAUUGGUCCA